AUGGAGGAUGGGAAGCCAGUAUGGGCACCCCACCCCACCGACGGGUUCCAGCUGGGCAUGAUCGUUGACAUAGGAGCUGACGCGCUCACCAUAGAACCGCUGAGCCAGAGGGGCAAGACCUUUCUUGCUCCAAUGAGCCAAGUCUUCCCGGCAGAGGAUGAUGUCAACAAACACGUCGAUGACAACUGUUCCCUCAUGUACUUGAAUGAAGCCACACUUCUGAACAACGUGAGAGUGCGGUACAAUAAAGACCACAUUUAUACUUAUGUGGCCAAUAUCUUGAUAGCUGUGAAUCCUUACUAUGACAUCCCCAAACUGUACGGCCCAGAAGCCAUCAAGUCGUACCAGGGGAAGUCACUGGGCACUCUGCCACCUCAUGUUUACGCUAUAGCCGACAAAGCCUACAGGGACAUGAAGGUUCUGAAGAUGAGCCAGUCCAUCAUAGUUUCUGGUGAAUCUGGGGCCGGAAAGACUGAAAACACCAAGUUUGUUCUCAGAUAUCUGACCACAACUUACGGAAGUGGUCAAGAUAUUGACGAGAGAAUUGUAGAAGCUAAUCCCCUUCUUGAGGCCUUUGGAAACGCAAAAACAGUCCGGAAUAAUAACAGCAGUCGCUUUGGGAAGUUUGUGGAAAUCCACUUCAAUGACAAGAAUGCAGUCGUAGGUGGAUUCGUCUCCCACUACUUGUUGGAGAAGUCGAGGAUUUGCAUGCAAAGUAAUGACGAGAGGAACUACCACAUCUUCUACAGGCUCUGCGCGGGGGCGUCUGAGGACAUCAAGAAGAAGCUGCAUCUGGACUCUCCAGACAGCUUCAGGUACCUGAACCGAGGAUGCACCAGAUACUUUGCCAGUAAGGACUCUGAUAAACAAAUCAUGCAGAAUCGCAAGAGUCCUGAGCAUCUAAAGGUCGGCGCCCUGAAGGACCCUCUUCUUGACGACCACGGCGACUUCAACAGGAUGUGCGUGGCCAUGAAGAAGAUCGGUCUGGAUGACACUGAGAAGCUGGACCUGUUCAGGGUCGUUGCUGGCGUCCUGCAUUUGGGCAACAUCGACUUUGAAGAAACAGGGAGCUCCUCGGGCGGCUGUGUCCUAAAAAAUCAGUCAGGCCAGACUCUGGAGUACUGUGCCGACCUGCUCGGUCUGGACCAGGACGAUCUGCGCGUCAGCCUCACAACAAGAGUCAUGCUCACUACAGCAGGGGGCGCCAAAGGAACAGUUAUCAAGGUGCCUCUAAAGGUGGAACAAGCAAAUAAUGCCCGCGACGCCUUGGCCAAGGCGGUGUACAGCCGUCUCUUCGAUCACGUGGUCAAACGGGUGAACCAGUGUUUCCCCUUCGAGACUUCCUCCAACUUCAUAGGGGUGCUGGACAUCGCUGGCUUUGAGUAUUUUGAGCAUAACAGCUUUGAGCAGUUCUGUAUCAAUUACUGCAAUGAGAAACUGCAGCAGUUCUUCAAUGAGCGCAUUCUCAAAGAGGAACAAGAACUGUAUCAGAGGGAAGGGCUGGGAGUGAACGAGGUGCAUUAUGUUGACAAUCAGGACUGCAUAGACCUCGUGGAAGCAAAGCUGGUGGGAGUCCUGGACAUUCUGGACGAAGAGAACCGACUCCCUCAGCCCAGCGACCAACACUUUGCGCUGGCCGUUCACAGCAAACAUAAAGACCACUUCAGACUGACGGUUCCCAGGAAGUCGAAGUUGACCAUUCACAGGAAUCUCCGAGAUGACGAGGGCUUUAUCAUCCGGCACUUUGCUGGAGCAGUCUGCUAUGAAACGACUCGGUUUGUGGAGAAGAACAACGAUGCCCUCCACAUGUCCCUGGAGAGCUUAGUAUGCGAAUCCAAAGACAAAUUUGUCCGAGAGCUGUUUGAGAACUCCAACACCACCAAGGACUCCAAACAGAAGGCGGGCAAGCUCAGCUUCAUCAGCGUUGGCAACAAGUUCAAGACUCAACUCAACCUGCUGCUGGAGAAGCUUCGCAGCACUGGCUCAAGUUUCAUUCGCUGUGUGAAACCCAACCUGAAGAUGGUCAGCCACCAGUUUGAGGGAGCCCUGAUUCUCUCACAGCUGCAGUGCUCAGGCAUGGUGUCAGUGUUGGACCUGAUGCAGGGAGGCUUCCCCUCCAGAGCCCCCUUCCAUGAACUCUACAACAUGUAUAAACAAUACAUGCCCGAUAAACUCACACGACUGAAUCCACGACUUUUCUGCAAGGCUUUGUUCAAAGCUCUGGGACUGAAUGACAAUGACUUUAAGUUCGGACUGACCAGAGUGUUCUUCCGUCCUGGAAAGUUUGCAGAGUUUGACCAGAUCAUGAAGUCUGAUCCAGACCACCUGGCAGAGCUGCUGAAGAAAGUCAACAAGUGGCUGGUGUGCAGCCAGUGGAAGAAGGUCCAGUGGUGCAGCCUGUCUGUCAUCAAACUUAGGAACAAGAUGAGCUACAGAGCCUUGGCCUGCAUUAAGAUUCAGAAGACCGUCCGCAUGUGGUUGUGCAAGAAGAAGCAUAAGCCACGCAUUGAUGGCAUGGUAAAGGUUCGAAACCUGAAGAAACACAUGGAGCGGUUCAAUGAGGUGGUAAACGGGCUGAAGGAGAGCAAACAGGAAAUGGCCAAACAGGUCCAAGAGCUGGCCGCCUCCAUAGAUGCUCUGUUAGCCAAGAUAAAGGCCAAAGUGAUGACCCGGAAAGAGAUCGACUCCGAGUACCAGGGGCUGGUGAAACGCUCAGAGCAGCUGCUCUCCUCCAUGCAAAAGAAAAAGCAAGAGCAGGAGGAGAGCGAGAGGCUGAAACGCAUCGAGGAGGAGAUGGAGAAAGAGAGGAAGGGGAGGGAGAAGGAAGAGCAGCGACGCAAACAGGAGGAAGAGGAUAGAAGACUGAAAGCAGAGAUGGAGCUGAAGAGGAAGCAGGAGGAGGAGGACAGGAAAAAGAGAGAGGAAGAGGAGAAAGUUAUACAGGCGGAGCUGGAAAUCCAGUUGGCUCUGGAGCGCGAGGAGCAGGUCCAGCGCACCGCCAUCCUGGAGCAGGAGAGGAGAGACAGGGAGUUAGCCAUGAGAAUCGCCCAGAGCGAUGCAGAGCUUAUCACAGAGGAGGGGCAGACGGAUGCGGGCCUGCGCAGUGAUGAGCCUUUUUCAGAUCUUCCUAUCUCCUCAUCCUCAGCCAGAGCCAUGUAAGAGAUCAGUGCAGCUGUCUGUGACUGCCCAUAUCCAAGCAAACCUAACACCACUUAUAAUCACUCCCCUCCUUCCCUCACUGUCUGUCUUAAUCUCUAUCAUAGACCUAAAUCUCUCAGCUGCUUAAAAUAGAUGCAAGAUUAUACCAGCAAUGCAAAGCCAACAGAAAAAUCCUUAGAUUUUAAGAAAUCACCAAUCAAAUCUGGAUGUAUUGAAUCGUGAGAUUUAUAGGAUGAUUAUGAGUGAUCAUUGAUUACUUUAAAAAAAAUGAUGGCACAGCAAAUCAUAAAUGAGAGGUGGAUGAGAAUGAUCUUUCUAAAUCUCUGAUCUUAAUUGGCUCUGCAUGAGUCUGCAGUGUUUGAAGCCUGUCUGUUCUUUGCAGUGCUGGUGCACAGCACAAGCUCACAUAUGUGCUUCCCCUGUCCCAUCAGUAUUUACAAAUUUAGCUUGUUAGGUGUUCAUAUCCACUGUAAUGGACACAUUUUUUUAAAUGACUGCUUCAUAACUGUCUGAUAAUUGCAAGCAGAGAUUUUGUUGCAGGUCUUCACUCACCCACUCUGCUUCCACCUUAAAUCUCAUUAGUGAUAUCAUCAGCUUUUAAUUAGCAGGUGUUAAGAAUCUUUGCUGUACGCGAAGAUAGCUGUUAGCAAAUACUUACUCCCUGACAACACCUCAAAAUAUUCUGUUUUUGUUAACACCAAGAUAAAAUAUGUAAUGUGUAAAAUUUGCAGUUGCAGAUUAAUGGCACUAUGUUUAUUCUCUAGUGUUGGGAGUGAGCUCAGCACUUGUGCAGACACACAGUUGUGAAGUGAAUACCAGACAGUGCGUCCUGGUAGAGACAAAAAUAAUUAAGAGGGUGGAGGAAAAGAAUGCUUCAUUAUUUUCUAUAUCAGGUCACCUCAGAAUGUGUUAUUAUGAAGGUUAACAGGUAAUGUAUAUUAGCAUGACACAUAGAGCUGCUACUGUGUUUACCUACAGUUUAAUGUACCCCACACACUGUUCAAAAUUAGUCCUUGUUCAUGCAUUUUCUCACCUAUAAAUUUAUAGAUAAUGCACUAUAUAGUGAAUGGGGAAUGAUUUUGUACACAGGCAGUUGUUGAAAACAUUGUAUAAACUGUUGUCUUACAUUACUGUAAGUUUAAAUACAGUAUGUUGUAGCUACCCUCUCCAUAACCCUAAGCUUUUGAACUCGGAUACUUUCCCAUCAUCCGUGGCACCGAAUUUCCACAACUCCUCUCUGUGUUUAAAGCCAGGAGACAUUCUCUGAAAGCCUGUGUGGUCCUUAUCUGCAGGUCCGGUGAGCACAGAAUUACAUUUGAUCCAAAAGCCUGUAAUCUUGUCAGUGUUGGCUCAGGCAUCCAAGGGCCACUUUUGCAUGUGUCUCCCACUAUCCCUGUGAUUCAGUUGAGCCCUGGCACCAGAGUGGCGAGAGAGAGAGAGAGAGACACUCCAAAGGCCACGUGUGUUGCACGUGCACGCCGCAGAGCUAAAGCACAUGAAAGCAUGUGUGCGGUAGAAGUAUACACACUGGCUGCCAUCGCUGGCAGAGGACCUCGGGCUCCCUCCGCCUUCAUCGUCCUCCAACCAUCUAUUUCCUGUUCACCUACUGCCAAAAGCAAAGCCCGGCCGUCACCGCACUUCCACUACUUUUUUUUUUUUUUUUUCCCUUCCUUGCCUGCAGCAAAAGUAAAGCCUGAGCCUUGGUUCAUCACUAUCACACACUGGCACGUGUCUCAAUCAGAAAUCAUCCUCCCACUCAGUAUGAAUAAUGAAUGGCGAUGCUAAUCUGGCUAAUGUUUCUGUAGAUCAGUAAUCCUUCAUACUGAGACAUUAGCUGCUACGCCGACUGUAAACAGAGGAGGUAAAUCCCUUGUAUGAUUGAAUUAGCAGCUUCAACUCAGCAGGGAAGCUGGAGACAGGAGCCCAGACCUGCUGCAGCAGUCAGCUAAGUAGCUGAAACUCUGCUGUCAGUUUGAUUUCUACAUUAAAGUUGUGCAUGGUUUCUCCUUGU